AUGGAUGACGGCCCCAACUGGUCGCUGUCGUCGCAGGUGUCUUCCGCGACGUCCUCACGACCCGUGGACGGCGGGCCGGCGGCGCCGGCGAGGAAGAGGAAGCCGGGGACGUGGAGGAGGCUCCCGCGCACCCUGCCGCUGGAAGUGGAGGUCAGGAUGAAGCUGGGUUCCAUAACGCAUGAGGAGCUGAAUCGGCAGCACCUGGCGCGCGCCGAGGAGCUGGAGAAGAUGGACGACAGCGGGUGCGACACCGAGGAGGCCAAGAUCGCCUUCAAGGCGUUCAAGGAGGAGCAUGUCCGCUGGUACCGCAAGCUCGCCGAGGGCUGGCCGGAGAAUAUAGUCAUCAACUACAACCCGCAGCCCAGCGACACGGAGGAAGAGUUCCUGACCGCCGAGGACAUGGAAGCACGCUUCACUAAUCGUAACCCCACUCAUGGAGCACAACUAAAACACUUUGCUGGCCUUGCUUUGGCACAUUACAAUGCCAGAAAGACCGAGCACAAGCUUGACCUUGCAGAAGCCUUGACAUCUAACUGCUUUUCUGAGGCGUGUGGGACGACAUAUGCUCAUGUCAACUUCAUCGCCAUUCCCGGGAAGACUAAUAACCCUAUGAAGAGGUUGUUCUUCGCUGAGCUCAUGCUCAUUCCAGAGCUCCAGAUGGAGGAGGAUACCGAGCCUAUGCGUGUACUGCAUGUCUCAACUAUUGAUGAUGUUCCCUGUUAUGGUGGAUGCCAUGAAAUACAUCGGAAGAUCAAUCACAGGAUGAGGGGCGUCAUGGACUACGAGCGAUGCCACGCGUGUCACGACAUUCUGAAGCAUCCAAAAGGAGAUAUGUUCAUUGGAGGGCAUAAUAGCACGAGGAUGCCCUACUACUCUGCAACCUAA